ACUGACCUCGCGCAGCAGAGAGCGGCCGCUGGCUGGCGUUCCGACCUCCCACCGCCCCCGCCGUCGCAUCGGAGGAAGAGCGGGCGGCGGCGGCGGCGGCGGCGAUCCAAUCCGUCCCGCCGCCACCUAUGGCGGGGGGAGAAGGGGAGGACGAGGCGGCGUCGAUCGAGCUGCAGCUGGAGCAGCACCUGCAGGAGCAGCGGGCAUCCCUCACCGCCGUCGACGAGGCCCUCGCCGCCGACCCCUCGAACGCCGACCUCCUAGAGGUCCAUGAGGAACUUCUUGCUGCAAUUAAGGAUGCAGAGGAGGGACUUCUCCACUUGAAACGCUCUAGGCUAGUGAAACAAAUAGAUGAAAUCUUUCCUAACCAGGAGUCAACAUCUAAAGCACCAGAAUUUUCUGCUGAGACACUAGAUGAUGUUGAGCCAGAACCAUUGGAGCCACAGGAAUUUCCGGUUGGAUCUAAGUGUAGAUUCAGGCACAAAGACGGGCGCUGGUAUAAUGGAUGUAUUAUAGGACUUGAAGGCUCAAGUGAUGCAAGGAUAUCAUUUCUGACACCCACGUCUGAAAACAUGUUGAUGUGCAAGUUCUUUCUCCAGCAACGAUGUCGGUUUGGUAGUAACUGCCGCUUGUCCCAUGGUAUUGUAAUUCCUACUCUGUCCUUGAGGCAAUUCACUCCGACUAGAUGGCAACAGUCCUUGGUAGGGUCCAGCAUACUGGCUGCUUCUGGGCAUCAUUCUGGCCUUUGGAGAAGAGCCGAGCUUGAGUCAUGGGAUGAUGAUCUGAAUCUUGGUCAUAUUGUUUUUCAAGAUGAUGGGAGUUCUGCAAGGCUUCCCAGUGAUUCUCUUUCUAUCUCAGAAUAUGCUGAUGUGAGCGAUGAAGAUGGUGAAGGAAGCUCAAGCGAGGAAGGAUCUGAUUUCAGUGAGAAUGGAGAUCAAGAGGAUGAUUCUGUCCAUCAGGGUCUCGGCCUUUUGGAAUCCAAAAAUUUAAGUGGUGUUCAGACUGAGACUGCGAUCUUUGCAAAGUGGGAGCAUCAUACCAGGGGCGUUGCCUCCAAAAUGAUGGCAAAAAUGGGGUACCGAGAGGGAAUGGGUCUAGGUGCAUCUGGCCAAGGCAUGCUCGAUCCAAUCCCAGUUAAGGUACUGCCCCCAAAGCAAUCUCUUGAUCAUGCUGUGGCUGCAAGUGAGGUUAAUGAUAGUGUAGGGCCUGGAAAAAAGCGCAGUCGGGGUGGGAAAAGAAAGCGUGAAAAGAAGUUUGCAGAACAGGCAAGGGCUGCUAAGGCUGAAGAAGAGGAGAGGUCUGUCUUCAGCUUUAUCAAUAGUCAACUAGUGGCUCAAGAUGUUGCAGAAGGUUCAGCCAUGAAAUCUAAAAAGGACUCAUCUGGUGAGGCAAUUGGACAUUCUAAGAAGGAAGACAGAAAAUCCUUGCUUGCAUACGACGACGAAGUGAAGGAACUUAGGAGCCGUGUUGAGAAGCUAGAAGAAAUGAUGGAGCGAAACCGCAAGGACAAGGCAUUCUACGAAGCAGCUUUGAAGAAACUGGAACAAACCCGAAAAGCUCUGGCUGAUGCUGAAGCAACCCAUGCUUCAGCAACCAACGCAGUUGCUAGAAAGGAGAAAGAGAAGAAGUGGUUGAAAUUCUGAUGUUAAUUUGAUGUAUCAAUUUACAUCUAUCUAUGUCCAUUGUAAUGCUUAAAGAUUGUCCUGAGGCAACUUCAGAUUGCUUGCUUCUCUCAUGUCUUACAGUGUAUGUAAUGUUUUAGGAGCUUUGUUGUAGCUUUGUAGGGAAGAGGUAGAGUGUGAUAGCUAGAUUGGUCCAUCAGGAGUUCAGAACCAUAUUCUUUCGAAGUUUUGAACUCGCAAACUUACACCGAUCAUUUUGAUAUCUAUUCUGUUCUAUGGAAGUUGAUGAUGAUACGUUGAUAUCAUGUCUUAACU